CUUUGCCUAAUUUGUCUUUUGAGUGUGGAUCCACUGCCCUUUCCAAAUUUCCCAAUUUGUGUACACUUCGAGUGAGCUACAAAUCCCUUGCAGCCACACUAAUUCUACAGUUCUACUCUAACCACCCUUCCAUUAUCAAUCUCAUUCUUCAGAUCUGUCAAUAUUUAUAUUCAAAAUUCAUUUUAAAACAUACUUUUUAACUUAUGCUUUUAUCUCCAAGUUCGGAUCAGUUUGUUUUGAGGCUAUCAAUCAAUUAACUAUUCCUAAUUUCAAACUGGAGUAGUUAAUCAAUUAAUUGCAAUUUAUUGUGAAAAUUGGAAACCCUAGGUUUUGAUAUGGCAGGAUCGUCGUCCAUACAACCAGAAGCAAUACUAGAAUGGCUACAAAAAGAAAUGGGAUACCAACCAUUAGGUUCAUAUGCAGCUUCAAGCAAAGCAACAAUGCCCACAAUCGAUUCGCUUCGCAAAAUUUGCCGUGGUAACAUGAUACCUAUAUGGAAUUUUCUUUUAAAUAGAGUUAAAUCUGAGAAAACUGUCGAAAAAGUCCACCGUAAUAUCCUCGUACACGGUCGAGACGAUAAUGGUAGUAAUAAUGGAAAUGUUAGGAGGAAGGAGAGCGGUAGUUCGGGUUUGGGGGCGUCGUCGAGUGGUGAGAAUAGUAGGGAAUUUGCUUUGCAAGAGAGAGAUUUGGCUGAGAAAGAAGUGGAAAGGCUAAGGCAGAUAGUGAGGCGUCAAAGGAAAGAGUUGAAGGCGAGAAUGUUGGAGGUGUCGAGGGAGGAGGGUGAGCGUAAACGCAUGCUUGACGAGAGGUCUAACUGCAGACAUAAACAAGUAAUGCUGGAGGCUUAUGAUCAACAGUGUGAUGAAGCUGCAAAAAUAUUUUCCGAGUACCAUAAACGUCUAAGUUAUUAUGUUAACCAAGCAAGGAAUGUUAAGCGGUCUAGUGUUGAUUCUUCUGCUGAGGUGGUUACUACUUUUCAGGCAAAUGAGAAAGAUGUUUAUUCAACUUUUAAAGGAACCAAAAGUGCGGAAGAUGUCAUUCUCAUUGAAACAACCUGGGAAAGAAAUAUCAGGAAGGCAUGUGAGUGUCUUGCUAUGCAGAUGGCUGAAAAGAUUCGCAACUCUUUUCCUGCUUAUGAAGGAAACGGAAUCCAUAUGAAUUCUCUGUCACAAGCUGCCAAGUUGGGUAUUGACCUUGAUGGUGAUUUACCCGAUGAAGUAAGACAAGCAAUUGUAGGUUGCCUGAAAAGUCCUCCGCAGUUGCUACAGGCAAUCAAUGCCUAUGCUCAAAAGCUGAAGACUACAAUUACUCGAGAAACAGAGAAAGUUGACGUUAGAGCUGAUGCAGAGAUUCUAAGGUACAAGUAUGAGAAUGAGAGAGUAAUGGAUGCCUCUUCUCCUGAUGUAACAUCACCUUUACACUAUCAGCUUUAUGGCAAUGGGAAAAUUGGAGGUGAUACGCCUUCAAAAGGGAGUCAAAAUCAACUUCUUGAGAGACAGAAAGCACAUGUUCAGCAAUUCAUGGCUACUGAAGAUGCAUUGAAUAAAGCCGCAGAGGCGAGAAAUAUGAGCCAACAGCUUUUAAAGCGUCUGCAAGGAACUGGUGAUGCACUCUCUUCACAGUCACUAGUAAUUGGAGGAACAUCAAAGAGUAUGAGCAGCCUUAGGCAACUUGAGUUGGAGGUCUGGACAAAGGAACGAGAAGCAGUAGGAUUAAAAGGUAGCGUGAACACACUGAUGUCUGAAAUACAACGUUUAAAUAAAUUGUGCGCGGAGAGAAAAGAAGCUGAAGAUUCUUUGAGAAAGAAAUGGAAGAAAAUUGAAGAGUUUGAUGCUCGCAGAUCAGAGCUGGAAUCUAUUUAUAGUGCCUUACUUAAGGCAAGCAUGGAUGCUGCAGCAUUUUGGAGUCAGCAGCCAUUAGCUGCAAGGGAGUAUUCAUCAAGUUCUAUAAUUCCUGCUUGCACUGUUCUUGUAGAUUUAUCACACAUUGCAAAAGAUCUUAUUGAGCAAGAAGUUUCAGCAUUUUAUCAAACUCCUGAUAAUACGCUUUACAUGCUUCCAUCAACACCCCAGGCUCUGUUGGAAUCUAUGGGUGUCAGUGGAUCUACUGGACCAGAAGCUGUUGCUGCUGCUGAAAAGAAUGCUGCUAUAUUGACGGCUAGGGCUGGUGCCAGAGACCCGUCUGCAAUUCCAUCUAUAUGCCGUAUUUCUGCUGCUCUACAAUAUCCUGCAGGUUUGGAUGCCUCGGAUGCUGGCUUAGCAGCAGUUUUAGAAUCUUUGGGAUUUUGUGUGAAGCUUUGUGGUUCUGAAGCUUCCAUAUUGGAAGACUUGGAAAAGGCAAUCAACUUGGUUCACACACGGCGAGAUCUUGUUGAAAGUGGUCGUGCCUUAUUAGAUCAUGCUAACAAGGCACAAAAUGAGUAUGAAAGGACGACAAACUACUGCUUAAACCUGGCUGCGGAGCAAGAGAAGACAGCUACGGAGAAUUGGCUACAGGAACUGGAUGUAGCUAUUGGUAAUGCUAAACACUGCCUUAACGAGGAAUGCAAGUAUGUUCGGGGCCUGGUAGAUGAAUGGUGGGAACAACCAGCAUCAACUGUAGUUGAUUGGGUUGCUGUUGAUGGACAAAAUGUUGCUGCAUGGUUGAAUGAUGUGAAGCAGCUUAAGGCAUUUCAUGAUCAACAACUUCGUUGAAUUAUCUCUUUGGCAACUGUUACAUAAUGUCUGUAAAUUUUCAUUUUUCUCGCUUGCUAGUUCUUGCAACUUCAUGUGGCUUUUGGUUCUCUCGAGACAGGUCACUUGCAAAUCUAGGCAGCAUCUGUUGAAGAUAGUAGAACAAUUCGAUCUUUGACCUAGACCUAGGACUUUAAGAAAAUUUCAGUCAAUAUUGGGGGAUUGUCUUUCUCUUACAUAGUUUCAAGGCUGAAAUGUUGGUCUAGUGAAAUAUGUUGUUGCAUUCCCUAUUUUGUACAGAUGUUUCUUCCGUCAUUUUUUGGUAAUGAGAAAGAAGAGAAUAGCAUACAUAACGAAAUCUCAAGAACAGUUAUAAA